GUUUCGUUUCAGAGGUGGCGCCACUGUUCGACAGCCUCUGGUGCAUCCGCUCUGGGCCUCGCCCCUCCCCCUGCCCCGCCCACCUCCGAAUUUUUAAGGGAAGCAGCGUGUGGUGGCGUCCGCUUAUCCCUCUCCCUGCUCCUAGAUACCAGCCAGCCUCCUGUCCCUCUCCCUGCCGGGCGCUCGCCGUGUUCACGGGGCGGCGAGGUGCGUACGUGCGCGGCUGGUGGCGGUGGGCGAUGCCGCAGGUCGACCUGGAGAGCCUGGUGUGCGGCGGCGCGGGCGCGGGCGCCGGGGACAGGAAGGUGUCGUGCGAGACGGUCAUCGCGGGCGGGGACAGCGGGGACGCCUCGCCCCCGCGGCGCGUGCCGCCGCCGCCGGACCACGACUUCCCGCCGGAGUCGAUAACCAUCCGCAUCGGCGACGACGCGGCCUUCUCGGAGCUGAACCCGAUAUACGAGCGGGACGACUCCACCAAGGGCAGCACCAACCCCAAGUCGUCGGCGGCGGCGGGCGGCGCCUGCAACCCCGUCCCGCUCAAGGCGCGCUCCAACUCCGCGCGCGUCGCGGGCGGCCCUGCCGCGGCCACCGCCACCUUCUUCGGCCUCCCGGCCAGGAUCCGGCCGGCCUUCACCCGGCGCCAGCCGUCGCAGGGCCGGAUCUUGCCCGACAAGCGCUCUGGCGGCACCGGCGAGGAGCCACGGUCGCCCAAGGUGUCCUGCAUUGGGAAGGUGCUGUCCGACCGGGAGAGGUGCGGGCGGCGGCGCCAGCGCAGGUGGUGGCGCGGGGUGGCGGCCGUGUUCCGGUGCGGCGGCGGCUGCGCCUCCCGAGGCGUCGGCGGCGGCGCGGGCAAGAAGAUGGCGCUGGAGGAGAGCGAAUACGACGAGGAGGAGAAGGAGGCGAGCGUCGCGGCAAUGCGGAAGUUCAAGUCCGGGAGGAGAGCCGCCACGUGGGGAGAGGAGGCGCUGGCAGCGGCGGCGGCGGAGGCCUUCUCCGGCGAGCGGGCGGGGGAUGAGGAGAAGAAGCACGAGAGCCACGAGACCGAGCACUGGGCCCGACUGCCGGUAAGUUAGCCGUGGCAGAGGCGGGAAGAUGGGUGGUGAUACAAGCGCAUGGUGGUCCCCGCUGUCAGUGACGGCGCCCGGUCGCCGUCGAUAGGUGAUCUCGAGCCGUCUCGAGCCGCGCCCAUCGGGGUAGGGGGUAGGGUGGUCGUGACCGGUGACUGGCCUAGAAAUGCGGGUUUUGGAAUGAAUUUCCGUGGUCUUUUGCAGUUUGGCAUUUUGCUCUUGGGAUCGUGGUGCUCAACUUGUUGUGUUGUUGUUGCGUGUUGCGGCCGUAUCGAUGCAUGGAUGGAUGUACAUACCACCACCCCUGAAAUAAUAACAGGAACUUGCACACAA